AUGAGUAAUAAUAAUUCAGUACCUUCUCAACAACAUCAACAACACCAUCAUCAUCAUCACCACCAUCGUCAUGGCCAUUCUCAAUCUCAAAGGAAUGGAGGUUUAAAGGAUGGCUCUAAAAUUGGUAACUAUCAAAUUAUCAAGACCUUAGGUGAGGGUUCUUUUGGUAAGGUUAAACUAGCAUAUCAUGCCACUACUGGUCAAAAAGUUGCUUUAAAGAUUAUAAAUAGGAAAGUCUUAGCAAAGAGUGACAUGCAAGGGAGAAUUGAAAGAGAAAUUUCAUAUUUGAGAUUAUUAAGACAUCCACAUAUCAUUAAAUUAUAUGAUGUUAUUAAAUCUAAAGAUGAAAUUAUCAUGGUUAUUGAAUAUGCUGACAAUGAAUUAUUCGAUUACAUUGUCCAAAGGGAUAAAAUGAGUGAGCAAGAAGCUAGAAGAUUUUUCCAACAAAUUAUUUCUGCAGUUGAUUAUUGUCAUAGACAUAAAAUUGUUCAUAGAGAUUUAAAACCAGAAAAUUUAUUAUUGGAUGAACAUUUGAAUGUGAAAAUUGCAGAUUUUGGUCUUUCAAAUAUUAUGACUGAUGGGAAUUUCUUAAAGACUUCAUGUGGUUCACCAAAUUAUGCUGCACCAGAAGUUAUUAGUGGUAAAUUAUAUGCAGGCCCAGAGGUUGAUGUAUGGUCUUGUGGUGUUAUUCUUUACGUCAUGUUAUGUCGUCGUUUACCAUUUGAUGAUGAAAGUAUACCUGUUCUUUUCAAAAAUAUUAAUAAUGGUAUUUAUACUUUACCAAGAUUUUUAUCUGAAGGUGCAAGCAGUUUAAUCAAGAAAAUGCUGAUUGUUAACCCAUUGAAUAGAAUUAGUAUCCAUGAAAUUAUGCAAGAUGAAUGGUUUAAGGUAGAAUUACCAGAAUAUUUGAUACCUCAACAAGAUACUAAAUCCACUACUGGUAAUGAUUCUCAAGAUCAACGUAACAAGGAAAACAAUAACUCUAAUAAUGAAAAUGCAGGUUCUUUUAUACCAUUUAAACCUGAAGAAAUUGAUAAUGAAUUGGUCGUUGCAUUAUCCAAGACUAUGGGUUAUGAAAUUGAUGAAAUUUAUGAAGCUUUACAAUCAGGUGAAGAUAAUUUACCGCUAAAUGAAAUUAGAGAUGCUUAUUUAUUAAUAAGAGAAAAUCAAUCAUUAAUAAAAAAUUUGAAAUCAGAUGAAAAUACAAGAGGUGAAAUGGAUACUUUCCUAGCUCAAUCACCACCAUCUUUCCAAAGAAAUUACCAUCAUAAGUCUAAUUCAUUAGAUUUGAAUCACAAUCAAUUGAAUCUAAAUAGUAGUAGUACUAAUCCAAAUGGAUUUAAUGGUAACGGUAACACAAAUCCACAUUCAAAUCAACGUUUAGUUCGUCCUCCUCUAUUUACCGAUUCCUCAAAGGAAGGUGAUUCAACCAUUUCAAUCUUACCUACUUCCCUACCACAAAUCCAUAGAGCAAACAUGUUAGCUCAAGGUCUUCCUGCAGCAUCAAAGAUCUCUUCUUUAGUAACUAAAAAAUCGAAGACAAAGUGGCAUUUUGGUAUACGAUCAAGAUCUUACCCAUUGGAUGUUAUGGGUGAAAUUUAUAUCGCUUUGAAAAAUCUUGGUGCUGAAUGGGCAAGACCAUCUGAACAAGAUUUGUGGACUAUUAGAGUUAGAUGGAAAUAUAAUAUGAAUACACCUGAUUUUGAUCAAAAUGCAAACAGCAAUAACUCGAACACUACUACUACUAUACCAGAUUUAAUGAAAAUGGUCAUUCAAUUAUUUCAAAUUGAAGCAAAUAAUUAUUUAGUUGAUUUUAAAUUUGAUGGUUGGGAAUCAAGUACAGGUAAGCCAAUUAAUAAUUUAAAUAUGUCAGAAGAUGAAAUGUGCACUUUUUCAGCCUAUCCAUUCCUACAUUUAAGUACUCGUUUAAUUAUGGAGUUAGCUGUUAACAGUCAGAGUGGUUAG